GAGUUCUGCACGCGCACAAAGUGGGCAUACCCCAAAGUUCCUCGCCCGUUCCUCCCCGUCGGCCAUCCACUGGCAUCUUCAAAUAUGGCAUGGUACACAAACCGCAGGACUUCUUACCAGGCAAUCUUCCAAGGAGAUUCACGCGCUGAGUGCCCGUUUAUAAUUCGGUCCGGAUCAAUGGUCUAUGCUCCCAAGUACCUCGGCCCUCUACGUAUCCACUGGGCGUGCACAGAGGGCCUUCUGUCAACCCUAGUGCGACAUGCAUAUAAAGCCAGGAUUUCCCCAAGAUGCACACACUGGCGACAUGCGUCUACUCACUCGCAUGUCAGAGCUAUCUGUCCCACCUCCUGUGGUGUACAAUGCGCCUCGGACGCUCUCGCUAUACCUGGUACAGUCUAUAUAUACCCUAUACAGGCACGUCAUGCUUGUACAUUGGCCCUCCAUCCUCUACACCGACUACUACGCCGAAGCCCACCGUCACUUGCAAGAUAAUGACGAGUCCAGUUUCAAGCAAGAUUGGGUCGUGUUCGUGACGCGCUGCCGCAGCCGUUGGAAAGUCUUCAUUGGUUGCUGUACAGUGUAUAAUGCGGUCACCAUCGGGCUGUUAUCUGCAUUCCCCGGCACCGUCGACAUGGGCAUGAUAUGCGGCAUCGUUUGCGUUUUCGCGAGCAUGGUCGGCUCGGCUGUGGGCGUACUGUUGCGAACACAUCUGAAGGAAUACAGGGACCCUGCGAACGGUAAAUGGUGGCUCUCGUCUACUGUCACUGAAUCGCGUUGGACCUCCGUACCACUUCUAUUUGCCGUUCCGGAUGCUUGGUUCAUCUGGGCCUCCAUCGCGUUCAUCGUAUUCUUCGUCGCGUUCUGUUGGGAGCGCCUCGCGCAGGGAUCCAGCGGGAGCGUGCAGACUGCUGCAGAAAUGCGCUUUUACAUUGCUGCGGCUGCUAUGCUUUCGGCACUUGCGACGUCGGGUGUCGCGCAUGUCUUGAUGGUUCUCUGGGUGUGUCACCGAGUGGACGCACGAGUCGCAAAGGUUUCGCGGCGGCAGCAGCAAAUGCUACCGUGACUUUGGGCACAGUGCUCGCAAGGUGUGUGCCAUUGCUUAUAACCGCACUUUUGGGUCACCGA